AAAAAAAAUUGUUAUCCUUUUCAAAUUUCAAAAACUUCCCCAUUUCUCCUCUUCCGUUUCAGAACUCCAUAACUGCAGCUACUACCUUCUUCUGUUAUUUUCAGCUUCUACUCUCUGCAGCUCCAUUCUCCAUUCUACUUGUGAUUCAAUUUCAAUUCAACCACCAUGUCUCUUCUCAGCAGAUUCUUCUACAAGCGUCCCCCUGAUGGAUUACUCGAAUUCAUCGACCGAGUCUACGUUUUCGAUUCGUGUUUCUCCACCGAAGUGUUGCCCGAAGGAAUGUACCAGCUGCACCUCCACGAGAUCAUCACGGAGCUCCAUGAGGAGUUUCCAGAAUCUUCUUUCCUCGCAUUCAACUUCCGCGACGGCGAGAGGCGCAGCCAAUUCGCUGAAUUUCUCACAGAAUACGAUGUUGUCGUCAUGGAUUACCCAAAGCAGUACGAGGGUGUUCCAAUUUUGCCCCUUUCUCUUGUUCAGCACUUUCUUAGAGUCUGUGAUAGUUGGUUAAACUUAGGGAACCAUCAAAAUGUGAUUUUGUUUCACUGUGAAAGAGGGGGCUGGCCCCUACUUGCAUUUCUACUAGCUAGUUUACUUGUCUUUAGGAAAGUUCAUAGUGGUGAAAAAAGGGCGCUUGAGAUGGUUCAUAGGGAGGCACCAAAGGGUUUGUUGCAGCUUUUGUCGCCUUUGAACCCUUUGCCCUCUCAGCUUCGAUACAUUCAGUAUGUGGCGAGGCGGAAUAUUUCACCGGGGUGGCCGCCUCCGGAGCGAGCACUGUCGCUGGAUUGUCUCAUUUUGAGGGCAAUUCCUGGCUUUGAUUUGCAGAAUGGGUGUAGGCCGAUGAUUAGGAUAUUCGGUAGGAACUUGCUCAGCAAGGAUGGGCUUUCCACUCAGAUGAUAUAUUCAAUGCAUAAGAAGAAGAAGAGCUUGCGGCAUUACCGCCAGGCAGACUGCGAUGUGAUUAAGAUUGAUAUUCAGUGUUUAGUUCAAGGAGAUGUGGUGUUAGAGUGCGUUCAUUUGGAUUUGGAUCCAGAGAGGGAGGUGAUGAUGUUUCGUGUAAUGUUUAAUACAGCAUUUAUUCGGUCCAAUAUAUUGAUGCUGAAUGCUGAUAACUUGGACAUUCUUUGGGAUUCAAAGGAUCGGUAUCCAAAAGGCUUCAGGGCUGAGGUUUUGUUUGGAGAGGUAGAAAAUGUAAGUCCUCAACGGGCUCCAACAACCAUGCUAAAUGGUGAGGAGAAAGGUGGAUUGCCCAUUGAAGCAUUUUCACGGGUUCAAGAACUGUUUAGUGGCGUAGAUUGGGUUGAUAGUGGUGAUGCUGCUGCUGUCUGGCUUCUUAAACAAUUAACUGUCCUAAAUGAUGUCAAAGAGUUUUCAAGAUUGCAAGGAAAAGGAAGUUGGUAUUCAUCGCCUGCUGACUCCGACGAGGAAAAUAAUGAAUCAAGCACUGCUGAUAGUUCGGAUGAGGCCUUUGAUGUUCCCAGGUUGUCUUCUGAUACUCCAAAAUUAUUGACACCUGAAAUCCCUGAUUCAAUCCAUUUAGCUUUUGAGAAUCAUGGUGGUAAUCAUGAAAAUCGCGAUUCAGCAACACCUGAUCAGUCAUUGACAGAUAAUGGACCCUCAAUUUGUCAUGUUCCAAGCAAUGAAUAUUCUCCUUGUUCAUCUCCAUCAUCACCGUUAUCAGUUCCUGCUACACAACCUUUGGUUCCAACUCCAGCACAAGCCCCUCAUCCUCCACCUCCACCUCCACCAAUGUCUAGUGAACAUGAUCCAGUAACUUCAUCCCCACCACCACCACCUCCUCCACCUACUCCUCCUCCAAACACAAGUACUGCCCCACCUGCUCCACCUCCUCCUCCUCCUUCAGCACCUACACCUAGACGAGCAGGUUCAACCCCACCAGCUCCACCUCCACCUCCACCACCUCCAGGACGAGCAAGUUCAACUCCACCACCUCCCCCUCCCCCAGGACCUGUGCGAACAAGUUUAACAUCAGCCCCACCACCGCCACCUCCACCCCCUCCAGGGUCUGUACGAAAAGGUCCUGGUCCACCACCUCCACCUCCACCUCCAGGUGUUCGAACAGUUUCAGCCCCACCAGCUGCACCAAAGCCUCCAAAUGCUCCUCCUCCCCCAAUUGGUCGUAGUGGAACACCUGUACCUCCUCCACCUCCUGCAGGCAGGGCCUCUACUGUGCCACCCCCACCUGGCAAAGGUUCUUUAGCACCAGCAAGUCUAGGAAGAGGCCGAGGUACUGGUGCAACUGUUAAUGCACCUAAGAAAACUAUGUUGAAGCCCCUUCAUUGGGUGAAAGUUGCCCGAGCAGCACAAGGGAGUUUAUGGGCUGAUUCACAAAAGCAAGAUAAUGAAUCAAGGGCCCCUGAAAUAGAUAUAUCAGAACUUGAGAGUCUGUUUUCAGCAGCAUCUGCUUCUGAUGGGAGCAAUGCUAAAGUUGGAGGUCGGCGCGGUUCUAAUAUCAACAAACCCGAGAAAGUACAACUGAUUGACUUGCGUAGAGCAUAUAAUUGUGAAAUAAUGCUCUCCAAAAUCAAAAUUCCUUUGCCAGACAUGCUUAAUGCUGUUCUAGCAUUGGAUUCUUCUGUUCUGGAUAUUGAUCAGGUUGAGAAUCUCAUCAAGUUCUGUCCCACCAAGGAAGAGAUGGAGAUGUUGAAGAAUUAUAAAGGGGACAAGGAUAUGCUUGGAAAAUGUGAACAGUUUUUUAUGGAGCUGAUGAAGGUUCCACGAGUAGAAUCCAAGUUAAGGGUGUUUGCUUUCAAAAUCAACUUUUCUUCUCAGGUGAAUGAUUUGAGGAAAAAUUUGAAUACAAUCAACAAUGCUGCUAAAGAGGUGAAAGAAUCUGUGAAAUUACGCCAGAUAAUGCAGACUAUUCUUACCUUGGGCAAUGCCCUGAAUCAGGGAACAGCAAGGGGAUCAGCAGUUGGAUUCAAAUUGGAUAGCCUUCUCAAGUUAUCUGAUACUCGUGCCAGAAAUAACAAAAUGACUUUGAUGCAUUAUUUGUGCAAGCUUCUUGCUGAGAAAAUGCCAGAAUUGUUAGAUUUUGACAAAGAUCUUGUCCAUUUGGAAGCGGCUUCGAAGAUCCAACUGAAAGCAUUGGCUGAAGAAAUGCAAGCUGUGAGUAAAGGUUUGGAGAAGGUUGAGCAAGAACUCACUGCUUCUGAAAAUGAUGGUGCCAUAUCUACAGGAUUUCGUAAGGUGUUGAAGAAUUUUCUUGAUACUGCCGAAGCCGACGUGAGGUCUCUCAUAUCAUUGUAUUCUGAAGUGGGAAGAAAUGCAGAUUCUUUGUCCCAGUACUUUGGGGAGGAUCCAGCUAGGUGCCCUUUUGAGCAAGUUACACAAAUCCUUGUUGUAUUCAUGAAGAUGUUUAACAAGUCAAGGGAAGAGAAUGAGAGGCUGGCAGAAGCUGAAAAGAAGAAAUUAGAGAAAGAAGCCAUGAAGGAAAAGGCAGCAGCAAAUAACACAAACUCCAAAAAAGAAAUGGUUAGAUAGAUAUCUAUCUAUCUCAACAAGCGUGAGCCAUGGUUUCUUCAAUUUCUACUAUACCAAAAUCGAAAUACUGAAUUUUGGACCAUCCCAAAUGCAAUUCACUCAUGUCUGCAUCAUGCAUCACUUGGAUCUGUAUAUUCAAUGUCAUAGUUCCUACUGAUCGGAUCAUCCAAUUGCAUCAUCUACCCUUAUGGCUUGAAGAAUGAGAAACUCAUCAGCAGGCUAGUGAUUCCAUGUAAUUAUAAAUUUAUAACACACGAAUGCUAAUAUAGAAAAUUCUUCUCUUUUUUUAAUAGGUACUAUAGAUAAUCUUCUUUUACUUAAAUUUUAGUUAUAUAUUAAUAUUGUACUAAAUUGUAAUCUAGCUGUAGGUAAGUUUUUUUAGUUCAGAGAUGUUUACCAUGAUACGAAUUCUUGUGUAUGAUUCAUUCCAUGUUUAACAUAGCUAACUAGCCAUCAUUUUCAUUAUUAUAUGCAAAGAAAAAUGUCAAAAAACUGUUUAAGGAUGCA